AUAAAUGUUAAUUAUAUUCACGCGCUUUAUGUUUGUUUAAUAUUAUUUUAUUUAUAAUUAGUGUAGAAUUAUGUUAUGAGAGCUCAGGUAUUUAGGUUAGGUUUUAGUUAGGUUUUAGGUGUUUCCGCGCAAUAAUUUUGAUGGAUAUAUGUUUGUUAGGUCAUAAUUAACUAUUAUCUGUUGAAAAAAAUCAAUUUUAUUUAAUGUGCGUAAACUCCGGAUUAGCCACGCCGACAUGCGGUCAGACUCACCGCCGCUAUAGUAGACAGUCUACUAUUACUAUCAGUUCUGAUGAAGAAUACGAUGAUAAUAAUAACGGUGCGAACAAAAGAAGUAAAAGUUAUCACCAGAAGAACCAUCGUUAUUGUCCAGUCAGCUCUUCAGACGAUAAUUGCAUUACCGAUAGUAAUACUGAAGAAGAGACUGAAGAAGAGGCCGAAGAAGUGGAUAAAGAAGUGGAUAAAGAAGUGGCUGAAGCAGUGGCUGAAGCAGUGACUGAAGAAGUGGCUGAAGCAGUGACUGAAGAAGUGGCUGAAGCAGUGACUGAAGAAGUGGCUGAAGCAGUGACUGAAGAAGUGGCUGAAGAAGAUAUCAACUAUUUGACUGAUUUAUAUCAGCCAACCACUAGCCGACAUCAGAGUCACCGUCAGUUCUACAAACAUUCGGCCGCCAGUAAUCACAAUACAAACCAUAUGGCAUCGCAAUCACAAUCUAUAGGACAGACCACUAAAAGUGUUAAACUGAAAACAAAAAAUAAAACUAAAAAACGUCGACAACAUCGAGUCCUAAGACUUAUUAGUAGCGAUGAUUCGAUUGAAUCCAAUGAUAACCAAAGCCAUCUUAAGACUCGUUCACAACCGACGGAAAGCAAUACUACUGAAAAUGUAGGACAUAAUGGACACAAUAGAGAAACUCAAAUCAAUGAUCAAUUCGGUGAUAAUAUCAGUAGUAGUCACCGCCGCAGCUGUCGUAACUCUGGCCCUACCUCUGGUGACCACUCAAUCCAUUCAUCGAUGGCUAACAAAAUGAAUAACAAGUCAAACAAAACUAAGACUAAGAGGUCAAAGAUAAAAAAAUCAGUUCAUUACUUCAAUCCAGCGAAUAAUCAUAGAGAUUGGGAUUCAAAUGAACGGUUAAAACUGAAAAAAGCUGUCAAAGACCUGACAAAACAAACUCUUAAUGUCUAUACUAUACACAAAAGCGAAGAGCUUUUGGCGAAGAAACUCAAGCGGACCCCAUAUGCUAUAUAUAAGGCACUAAAAAACUUAAGAUGCGGUAAAGAUAUCAAGAAGAAGUUAAAAGAGUGGAUCAAUGAUAAUCUAAAUGAAAAAAAGAUGAAAGAAAUGGAAGUAUUGUCUGAAACAGUGGACAACCUAUUGAUGACCAAUGAGGUCGUAGAAUUUAAAUACUUUUACCAAUUGAUCGACAAUAAACUAAAUUGGGGAACAGCUAUCAUAGCUAAACGUUUGAACAGUUACCCAGAAAUUAACGACAAGAUACUCAAAUCCCACAGAAUGUCCAACUCUAAGAAGAUACCUAAACGGAGUCCCUCUGUGACUGAGACUAAUGCACAGAUACUAAGAACUGCUGUCACAGAGCUUCUUGUGUUUAAUCCAGUGAUUAAAAUCAACGUCUUUUACCAUCUUUUGUGUCAGCGAUUGGGUUGGACUGAAGGAAAGGUUAGAUCUCUUCUUAAAGAGAAUUCAGACAUCAAACAGAUGAUAAUAUUAGCCAAACAAAAGACUAAAAAUAUUAUUACUUAA